GUAUCUUCUUCACUGUCGCUGUUUGCAGCCGUCAUGUUGUGUAUCGUGUGUUCGGAUGCUGCAAGAGCCUCAGCCAGUCCCAUAUCAUCCCAAGCAAAUAGUGGAGUGAGGCAAAACUUCCGGAGCUCACUGUUUCCCUCAAACGACCAACACCGUCCCCUCUCCACUGGUCGGCUGUCACCUGAACCUGGAACCAGUAGUGGAACUGAGAUGGGCAGGAAAUCUGGAGAAGCUCUAUCAAUCACCAGCCAUCAAUCAAACCCUCCGUGGUAUACAGGAGGCUCCUUUAGUUACAAUCCAAACAGCCCGGACCGGAGACAACAGAGCCGAGGAGAAUUAAUCCGAGCGUCAAGGGGUCACAGCUCAGGUGGAGCGAGGCCGGCGAGCGAGAGUUUCAUCAGUCACACUGAGCAGGGAGGACAGAGCGCAGAGGGGCCACAAUCCAGAUUACAUUACCAACCGCUCCCUCAGACAGAAACGCAAAGUGGAAAUUCGUACAACUCACACCCGUCAAUUGUAUCAUCUCAAAAUCUAAUUUGGCAUUCAAAAGAUGCUCCGAAACCUUACAAUGAGGUAAAGUCUCUCGUAAACGAUGAGGUAUCUUGGGUGUCACAGCCCGGUAAAUAUUGGGGUAAUUCACCGUCAACUCCGAGAGCUCAUCGCGGCAGCUAUAAAGAGACGAAUGAGCUGUCUGCGGACGGAUUGAAGAGCCCGUCCAAUGGGAUUGAAUCAAAUAGAAUGUUCGGCUCUGCAAGUCAAACCGCCUCUCGUGCUCCGUCAGCCAUCAACGCCCUGGACACAUCUGCUUUUAGAAGCAACCCCAGGUCAGAAACAGUGGCCCAGAGGUUGUCCGUCACAGAUUUCUCCCUGCGGCUGAACCCGAUGACCAGCGGCGAUACGUCAAGACCCAAGAUGGUGCAGUCGCAUCUCCUCAAGGACUCCCAGGCCUCAUCUAUGGUGACAGGUGAUGAGCAACAAGCUAUGGCAACAAUGCCACAGAAGCAGAGGAACUCCGACGCUCAAGUUCACGGCAGAUUUCCCUCGAAUUUUGUAAUAUUGCGCAGAAACAAUCCUUUAGAGGGAGCUAAUGCCAAUCUGCUGCAUCUUGUCAAGAACGUGGCUCUGGACAGGUCUCAGACCCACAGCUUUAGCAGAUAUCAACCCGUCUCCAGCACGUAUCCUCCUGCUCAACCCUCUCUGCAUCCCACCUCAGGCAAAGACAGGACUCUGGAGAAGUUUGUCCCUGCUCCUCUAGCUGUUUCCCAGGAUGACUAUGCCAUAAGCAGAGAAAAAGAUCCUGGAGGAAAGUCGGUGUUAACUGCAAGUGGGUCUGCACACGUUAACGAACCAGAUAGAUCCACAAAAAGCCUCUAUGGCAUGAGAGGGUUUAAGAAUUUGAGAUCCAACCCUGGGAGAUACAGCUUCGACAAACGAGAGGUGCAUAAUAAAUAUCCCUCUUUGUCCUUAGGUCGGAUCCAAGCCUCAGUUGUUUCUCCUCCAAGCCCGUUCACAUCCGGUCUGAAGGACGUUCAACCGCUGCUGCCUGAAAGUUUCGCCAGUCCGGAGAUGAACCCAGAUCCCACAGAGGUCACAGCCAAAGCGAGGUCUGGUUUCACCGCUCGACCACUUGAGGGAGCCAAACCGGCAGUUAGAGAACCAAGCAGGCGCGCCACACGCUGGCAAGGUGUCGAUAUUGUGAGCUCGCAGACCUGGCCACCCAAAAGGAUCAACACAUGGAAGAAGGAUACAGGUGAUGUGGAGGCAGAGAGCGACAGUCCAUCAACAAGAAGCCAAAAAGAACAGAGCAGCGGAGAUGUCAAACCUAAAUACGAGCACAGCAGAUUCACACCAGACAAAUACAAAAACAAACACAGCCUCUACACUUUUAUGGGGUUUCAGUCCCUUCAAGACAAAGUUGGAAGCCCUCAAUGGAAUUCAAUAACUGCGGCACCACAAACUAGCACUGAUUCCUCAUCUUAUCUCCCAUCAGCUGCAGGCCUCCACCUUGAAUCCAGCCCAACAACAGAGCCAAGAACGCAUGACAAAACCAAACCUGUUGUGACGAGGGCGAGGCAGUUCUACAGAACCCCCGGCAGAACGGGGAUCGGGAAACGUGUGCUGGCAAAACCCGACGAGAGCCAAAACCUCAGCGGAUCUUCUUUUCCCGCCAACGACACCGUGGACGUAGCCAUCGCCGGGCGGCCCAAGCCCCCCAUCAAGGUCAAAGCCCUCACGUUCACCGAUAUACUUGGAACGCUCUCAUUCGGAGGUGUCAGGGCUACAACGCAGAUGCCGAUGACACCAGCUGAUAAGAAGGAUUCUUUUCCAAGAGCCCCGGCUGAGGCCAGGCAGGAGGAAGGCCCGAGUUCCUGGACCUCUGACGACAGAGUGCUGAGCGGGAAGAACACGAGCAGAGGUGCCAAAGAUGAGGAGGUAGAUUUCAGCAGAAUUGAGGAUAAGACUCCGAGCUUUCAAAGCAGAGCCUCUGAAGGUGGAAUGAAAACAGUAGAUGAUUCCCUGGAUAACGAAGGAAGUGGAAGCGGGGCCUUUAGUGGGUCUGAUGUUUUGUCAGCUGACCGCCCACAGAGUCAGAGCCUCAGUGAAGAUUUGUUAGAGUUCGAUUAUCUACGAACAGCGACAGGAAACAUCUCCUUCAGGUCCGUGAAACUGAACCCCACCUGAGAAAUGAUGAAAUGUGUUGAAAUGUGAUCGACAGUUCAAAUA